CUCGUUUUCAGUUCUACCUGCGGAGAGAGAGAAUAAGAAACAGUUUAUCUGAGUACACUGUACAGUUAUUAUAUAUUAUAUUAGGUUUAAGUGUCUGCACUGGUGCAGAAUAAUUUGUAUAUAUCCUUUUUUUCCUCAGGAAUUUUUUGUCUUUUAUUUUAACCAAAAGUUUUACAAGUGUUUAACUGGAACUUACUGAAGACUUGUCAUCAUGCCUGCUGUUAGAGGUGAUGGUAUGAGAGGCUUAGCUGUGUUCAUCUCUGAUAUCAGGAAUUGUAAAAGUAAAGAGGCAGAAAUCAAAAGGAUCAACAAGGAACUUGCAAACAUCCGUUCAAAAUUCAGGGGUGACAGAACUCUUGAUGGAUAUCAGAAGAAGAAGUAUGUGUGCAAGUUGUUGUUUAUUUUCCUUCUGGGCCAUGACAUUGAUUUUGGUCACAUGGAAGCUGUCAAUCUUCUCAGCUCCAAUAAGUACUCUGAAAAACAGAUUGGGUACCUGUUUAUCUCUGUGCUAAUUAGUGCCAAUAAUGAACUAAUGAAGUUGAUUAUCCAGUCAAUUAAGAAUGACUUAUCAUCUCGAAACCCCAUCCACGUCAAUCUUGCUUUGCAGUGUAUUGCUAACAUUGGUAGCAGGGAGAUGGCUGAAACAUUUGGAUCUGAAAUUCCAAAACUACUAGUUUCUGGUGAAACAAUUGAUGUAGUAAAACAAAGUGCAGCUCUCUGCCUCUUACGACUGUUCCGGACACUGCCUGAUAUAAUACCCAGUGGUGAGUGGACCUCUAGAAUUGUCCAUCUUCUGAAUGACCAGCACUUGGGAGUGGUAACUGCUGCAGUUAAUCUCAUUGAUGCUCUUGUCAAGAAGAAUUCUGAUGAGUAUAAAGGUUGCAUCUCUCUAGCUGUCUCAAGGCUUAGCAGGAUUGUAACUGCUUCCUACACAGAUCUACAAGAUUACACUUACUAUUUUGUUCCUGCGCCAUGGCUUUCAAUGAAGUUGUUGAGGCUUUUACAGAAUUACCCACCACCUGAGGAUCCAGGUGUUCGAGGUAGGUUGACAGAAUGUCUUGAAACCAUUUUAAACAAAGCUCAAGAGCCACCAAAAUCUAAAAAGGUUCAGCACUCUAAUGCCAAAAAUGCCGUUUUGUUUGAAGCAAUCAGCCUUAUAAUUCACAUGGAUAGUGAACCAAAUCUCCUUGUUAGAGGUUGUAACCAGUUAGGACAGUUUCUCCAGCACAGAGAAACUAAUUUAAGGUAUUUAGCUUUAGAAAGCAUGUGCUUGCUGGCAACAUCAGAGUUUUCCCACGAAGCUGUGAAGAAACACCAGGAAACUGUUGUUACUGCAUUGAAGACUGAAAGAGAUGUGAGUGUCCGACAGAGAGCUGUCGAUUUGUUAUAUGCCAUGUGUGAUAAAACUAAUGCUGAAGAAAUUGUUGGAGAGAUGCUUAAUUACUUGGAAACAGCUGAUUAUUCAAUACGGGAGGAAAUGGUGAUGAAGGUGGCUAUUUUGGCUGAAAAGUAUGCAUCAGAUUACACUUGGUAUGUGGAUGUGAUUUUGAACCUGAUUCGCAUUGCUGGAGAUUAUGUCAGUGAUGAAGUAUGGUACAGAGUAAUACAGAUAGUUAUUAACCGUGAAGACGUUCAAGGUUAUGCAGCUAAAACAGUGUUUGAGGCAUUGCAGGCUCCAGCAUGUCAUGAAAACAUGGUCAAAGUUGCUGCUUAUAUUUUAGGCGAGUUUGGAAACCUGAUUGCAGGAGACCAGCGUUCUAGUCCCUUUGUUCAGUUCAACUUGCUACAUUCCAAGUACCACUUGUGUGCGGCACAAACCAGGGCUCUGUUACUUACCACUUAUGUGAAGUUCAUCAAUCUGUUUCCAGAAAUUAGAGCAGAUAUUCAAAAUAUAUUGAAAAGUGAUAGUAAUAUCAGAAGUUCCGAAGUGGAGCUUCAACAAAGAAGUAUGGAGUAUCUACAGCUGAGUCAGAUUGCAAGUACAGAUGUGUUGGAUCCAGCUGCAGUUUCAGGUGCAGCAUUACAUCCCGCAAGACAGUGA